CACACCCCCAACUCCCAGUAGAGAGCUGAGGACCACAGCAGCAGCAACCCCUCCACCGGCAGCAUGGCUUCCCGAAGCUCGUCCUCCACCUUCCGCUCGGAGCGCAUCAGCACCUACAGCCCUGGGGAGCCUUGCUUUGAACCCCUGCUGGACCCUUCUCAUGGGAUCUUUGGGCCAGGGCGGGCCCGGGAGUCCUAUGGGUACUCUGGCUCCCCUCCAUCGGGGCAUCCCUCCACGCUGGGCAGCAGCAAUGUGAUUGCCAGCGGGGACAAAUACCAGCUUGUGGCUGAUGUCAGCCAGUUUGAACCUCCAGAUGUCGUGGUGACUGCCUACAACUACUGCAUUGUCAUCCGGGCUGAGAAGGUGGCAGAAGAUGGCACAGUCUCCAACACCUUCACCCACAAGUGCCAGCUCCCGGAAGACAUGGACCCCCUCUCCAUCAGCUGCUCCUUGAACGACUCGGGCAUGCUGGUCAUCACGGCCAAGCGGCAACUCCUGUCCCCGCCACCCCUCUACCGCACCGAGGUCAAGCUCUAACAGCCCACCUCCAGCCUCCAAGGCAGGAUGCCUUUCAAUCCCAAUUGCAGGGGAGUCACCACAGGAGAGAGGGCAUGCCCUCAACUCCUGCCUGUGGCUCCCAGCGGCAUCUGGUGGGCCACUGUGCGAAACAGGAUGCUGGACUAGAUGGGCAUCUUUGGUCCUGAUCCAGCAGGGCUGUUCUUGUGUUCUCAUGUUCACCUUGCUGCACCCACCCCACCUUGCUGCACACCACUCCCAGUAGAGUUGGCUCAGCCAGUGGCUUUGUCCCUGCUUUGGUUGGUUGGUUGGUGUUUCUCAAUAAGUCCGAUGUCUCAUGAUGAACUGCUGCAGAACUGCAUGCACUGCCAAUUGCAACAUGCACUGCUGAUUUUUGGUAGCAGUGCGUGCUGGUUAGGAUCUGUCCCCAGGAACUUCCCUUUUGCUGCAGUGCCUACCCCUCCAGAAGACAACUUCAGUGCUAGGUGGGAAUAAAGACCUUGAAGGGCUGCCCUGGGUGGUGGGAGACUUGCAAAAGGAGGUCCUCCGAAGCUUUGCUCUGAGUGCAGAAACCACAGGCGCUACAGCUGGAACACGAGAGGUCCUCCUGUUUUCUGCCUUGCAAUGCAGAGCCUCUGCUCCUCCCUUUGGAAGACCUCUACUUCCAAGUGGAAUUGUUGCUGUCGCUCACAUUAUUCUUGCUUUCUUGCCCCAGGGCUGUGUGAAAUCCUCUCACCCCAUUCGCACAACCAUGCAUACCUGGGUACAGCCUCUGACCUUCGUAUGCAUGAUUGUGUGCGCUCACACAUAACGCAUACCCAGGUCAGAGGUUGUACCCAGUUAUGCAUGAUCAUGUGAAUGGGGUGUCUCUCUUAAGACUACUCCCCAGCCACAGGUUCUGUUCCCAAGAGUCCUGACUUGGACUAAGACAGGCGGAGGCCACCUUUGGCACUCUGGACCUCAGGAACAUCAGACACUGCCUUCUAGGUCAGACUCUUGGUCCAUCUAGCUCAGUAUUGCCUACACGGACUGGCAGCAGCUUUCCGGGGUUCCAGGCAGGCGUCUUUCCCAGGCCUCCCUGGAGAUGCUGCCAGGGAUUGAACCGGGGACCUCCUGCAUGCAAGGCAGAUGUUCUACCACUGAACUCUGGCCCCAGCCUUUCCCCUUUGGCACAGCAUAGGCAUGCUGUGAAUCUUCCCACAGGUACACAGCGCCAUGGGUGCACCGGGAUGAUUUUGGCACCUGGACCAGCCCUUCCGUGAGGCCUCCCCCCUGCCAGGCGCCCCCCCCAUGAGGCCCCCCAAAUCUACUUUGGGGGUGCCUCCUGCUGCGGCUAACCAACGUGCCUUUAAAAAAAGGAAGAAGCCGCCGCACGGCCAAAAGGUGGCUGCGGUGGUGGUGGGGAGUUGAAUAGUCCACCUCCUUCCCCCGCCGGGCACUGGUGGCAGCGAUGGGGGAGUGACCACUGGCCGCAUCCUCUCUGCCCAGCAGCUGCUGUGAACUGCACAGGCCCACCACGCAGUUCACAGCAACCGCUGGUCAGAGAGGACGUGCCCUGCGGUCGCUCCCAUUGCGGCCACGGGGGGGGGAGGAGGUUGAUUACUUGGCUCACGCCACCCCACAGCCACCUCUUGGCCACACGGCAGCUUUGGCGUGGCUGUAGGAGGCGCCCCAGUCAUUUGGAGGCCCCUCAGAACUUGGAGGCCACGGACGGGGGCCCCAAGGUCCGGAGGGGGGAGUCAGAGCAUCUCUGCACAGGGCUGUUGCAGAACAAGAGAGGACCACAGCCUCUGAGUGGCACCAGAAAACAUAUUUUGUGAGGGCACAGAAACAGAAAUGGGGGGCAGCUGGGGGAGGAGCUACUUUUCUGAGGGGUUGUUUGCGCAUGCGUGCGUGCACAUGCACACACGCACACCCCACCACCUCAUUCUGGAGCCGCCCUUGCAGCAUCCCUGUCCAGACAUUAUCUUGUACCUUCGUUCAGAUGUUUUUAUGUGAAUGUCUGUUCCUGUGUUCACUUUCAAAGUGAGAAAAGUGAACCUGGGUACAGACCCCUCCAGUGCAGGAUACAGACAGGUAGUGGACUGCAGUGCCUGCAUGCAACAUAGCAUGUGAAUAACUGUCCCUACGUACAGAUUUCUAGCUGUACACAGAUUUUACAUAGUGUGUGAAUAGGGCUAGCAUCCUUUGGGUUGUGGAGUAGGUUUCCCCAGCAAUCUGGGUAGAAUGUCAUCCCAGAACCACAUGACCUAGAGCAGGAAUUUCCAAAUGUGGGGCUACAACUCCCCUCUUCCCCAGCCACCACUGUAGCUGGGAAUGAUGGGAGCUGUAGUCCAUCAUCGUCUGGGGGCCCAAGCCUUCUCCAGAGCCAAUGCCCAUGUGUGUCUAUCACUUUUCAGAUCUCACCAAAGGGGCUCCGAGUUUCAUUAUGUGGAGUUGCAUAGCGCUGGCUGGAUUUGCACAAUCUCAAUGUAAUACAUGGGUACUUUACCA